CGCUUGCGCCUUCGGAAUUCCCGUCAGGACGCGUUCUUGCUCCCUCCCUCCUUCCCUCCCUCCCUCCCAGCGCCCGCCCCCCCUCCGCCAGCUGCGCGCGCCCGGUGGGCGUGGGAGGAGGCGUGGAAGCAGGGAGGGGGCGGGUGUCGCGGGAGGGAAGGAGCGAACCGGAGAGCCUCGUCCUGAGGAGGAGUGAAGGCGGCAAAAUGGCGGACCGCUUCUCCCGCUUCAACGAGGACAGAGACUUUCAGGGUAAUCACUUUGAUCAGUAUGAAGAAGGACACUUGGAGAUUGAACAAGCAUCCCUCGACAAGCCUAUUGAAUCGCAGUUGGCCCAUAUUAGCUAAGCAGCCAUGAUCUGCCCAGUUUUUAAAGCCAGGAUAAUAUUGGACACCGCUUACUCCAGAAACAUGGGUGGAAGCUGGGCCAGGGAUUGGGAAAAUCUCUUCAGGGGAGAACAGACCCUAUUCCAAUCGUUGUCAAGUAUGAUGUCAUGGGCAUGGGUCGCAUGGAAAUGGAGUUGGAUUAUGCCGAAGAUGCUACCGAACGGCGUCGUGUCCUAGAAGUAGAAAAAGAAGACACAGAAGAGCUGAGACAAAAGUACAAGGAUUACGUUGACAAAGAAAAGGCAAUCGCCAAAGCCUUAGAAGAUCUUAGAGCCAACUUUUACUGUGAACUCUGUGAUAAACAGUAUCAGAAACACCAGGAAUUUGAUAACCACAUUAACUCUUACGAUCAUGCACACAAGCAGAGAUUAAAAGAUCUCAAGCAGAGAGAGUUUGCCCGAAAUGUUUCUUCAAGAUCCCGCAAAGAUGAAAAGAAACAAGAAAAAGCCCUUCGGAGGCUCCACGAGUUGGCAGAGCAAAGAAAACAAGCUGAAUGUGCGCCUGGAAGCGGUCCCAUGUUCAGACCAACCACGGUGGCUGUAGAUGAAGAUGGUGGAGAUGAGGAUAAAGAUGAGUCAUCAACAAACAGUGGUGCAAGUGCUAUUUCUUCUUGUGGCCUUGGAUCUGAAUUCUCCACGGAUAAAGGGGGUUCUUUCACUGCAGUACAGAUCACUAAUACCACUGGAGUGGCACAGGCUCCUGGGUUAGCCUCCCAAGGUAUCAGCUUUGGCAUUAAGAAUACUCUGGGGCCCCCACUACAAAAAUUGGGAGUUUCAUUUUCCUUUGCCAAAAAGGCUCCCGUCAAACUUGAAUCAAUAGCAUCCGUUUUCAAGGACCAUGCAGAGGAAGGAACCUCUGAAGAUGGAGCAAAAACUGAUGAGAAGAGUUCUGACCAAGGGGUGCAGAAGGCGGGAGAUACUGAUGGGAGUAGUAAUCUUGAAGGGAAGAAGGAAGAUGAAGACCCUGCGGAUGGAGGGUCCCUUGCCUCAACACUGUCCAAGUUAAAAAGGAUGAAGCGGGAAGAAGGAACUGGAGCUACAGAGCCAGAAUAUUACCACUACAUCCCCCCAGCGCACUGCAAAGUCAAACCUAAUUUUCCCUUCUUACUGUUUAUGAGAGCCAGUGAACAAAUGGAAGGCGAUCAUAGUACACACUCGAAGAAUGCCCCAGACAACAAGAAAAGCAGCUCUCCUAAGCCUAAAGGUUGCAUUAAGGCAGCAGCAAACCAAGGAGUAGAAAAGGCAAUUGGUGAAGUUUCUGAGCCGCCGCAAAAGGAAACCGCUCUGACUGAGCCUUCAGAGCCUGGAGACAAAUCUGAGUCAAAGAAGGGCUCAGGAGGGGGUAUAGGUGAGCAGAGUAUGGAGAGCCAGGAGACUUCAGAGAGCCAGACGCGUGACUCCAAUCCUAAAGAAGUUCCGCAGGCCACCUCAGCAGCAAUAGCAGGCCAGGGACCCAAACAUCCCACUGGUCCAUUCUUCCCAGUUUUGAGCAAGGAUGAAAGCACUGCCCUCCAGUGGCCAUCAGAACUAUUAAUCUUCACCAAAGCAGAACCCUCUGUUUCCUACAGUUGUAAUCCUUUAUACUUUGACUUUAAACUUUCAAGAAACAAAGAUGCCAGGGCUAAAGGGACAGAAAAACCAAAAGAUGACGGAGGCUCCUCAAAGGAUCGUCUCCAGGGCCUUGAUUCUAGAGAGCCGGAUAAAAGUAAGGAGGGGGAGCAGAGUGUAGAACACUCCUCAGAAGGCAGAAUGGAUGAACCUGUCUCAGGGGCUGCCUGUAGCAGCCUGAACAAGCAGGAGCCUGGUGGUGGUCAUGGGUCAGAGACUGGAGACACAGGAAGAAGCCAUCUUAGCAAGAAAGAACCAUCAGGCAAGUCCCACAGACACAAAAAGAAAAAGAAACACAAAAAAUCCAGUAAGCAUAAACGGAAACACAAGGCUGAUGUGGAAGAGAAAAGUUCUAAGGCAGAGUGUGGAGAGAAAUCUAAGAAGCGUAAAAAACGAAAGCGAAAGAAGAACAAGUCAUCAGCCCCAGCUGAUUCUGAGCGAGGACCCAAACCAGAACCACCAGGGAGUGGUAGCCCUGCACCACCAAGACGACGCCGGCGCACCCAAGAUGAUUCCCAGCGGAGAUCCCUUCCUGCUGAAGAAGGAAACAGCAGCAAAAAAGAGGAUGAUGGAGGUGGUAGCAGUUCCCAAGAUCACAGUGGGAGGAAACACAAAGGUGAACCUCCAACUUCAUCCUGCCAGCGGAGAGCUGGCACUAAACGUAGCAGCCGCUCCAGCCGUCGGAGCCAACCCAGUAGUGGGGAUGAGGAUAGUGAUGAUGCCUCUUCUCACAGGCUGCAUCAGCAGUCUCCAUCCCAGUACAGUGAGGAAGAGGAGGAGGAAGAAGAGGAAGAAGAGGAGGAUGAAGACGAAGAUUCAGGCAGUGAGCAUUCUCGUAGCCGCUCUCGGUCUGGCCGUCGCCCUUCCCCACACCGUUGCUCCAGGCGUUCUUACUCGAGCAGCUCUGAUGCUUCUUCAGACCAGAGCUGCUAUAGUAGGCAGCACAGUUACUCUGAUGAUAGCUACAGUGACUACAGUGACCGGUCCCGAAGGCACUCGAAGCGCUCUCAUGAUUCAGAUGACUCAGACUAUGCCAGCUCCAAACACAGGUGCAAACGACACAAAUACUCAUCAUCCGAUGACGACUAUAGCCUCAGCUGCAGCCAGUCCCGAAGCCGAUCUCGGAGUCAUACGAGGGAGCGCUCAAGAUCCCGGGGCCGAAGCCGCAGCAGUAGCUGUAGUCGCAGUCGAAGCAAGAGGAGAAGUCGCAGCACUACAGCCCACAGCUGGCAGCGAAGCCGGAGCUAUAGCCGAGACCGAAGCCGUAGCACCAGGAGCCCUUCCCAGAGAUCAGGCUCCAGAAAGGGGUCGUGGGGCCAUGAGAGCCCAGAGGAGAGGCGCUCUGGCCGUCGGGAUUUCAUUCGGUCAAAGAUCUACCGCUCCCAGUCUCCCCACUAUUACCGAUCAGGUCGGGGAGAAGGUCCUGGAAAGAAAGAAGAUGGCAGAGGAGACGACAGUAAAGGAACAGGCCUGCCCUCCCAGAACAGCAGCACUGGCACAGGAAGGGGAUCAGAGAGUGACUGCAGUCCUGAAGAUAAGAAUUCUGUCACUGCUAGGCUGCUAUUAGAGAAGAUCCAGUCCAGGAAAGUGGAGAGGAAACCCAAUGUGUGUGAGGAGGUGCUGGCCACCCCUAAUAAGGUUGGGCUCAAGUACAAGAAUCCCCCACAAGGUUACUUUGGGCCUAAGCUCCCCCCUUCUCUUGGUAAUAAGCCUGUCCUUCCACUGAUAGGGAAGCUCCCAGCUACCCGGAAGCCCAGUAAGAAAUGUGAAGAGUCUGGCUUGGAAAGGGGUGAAGAGCAGGAACAGUCAGAGCCAGAAGAAGGGUCCCCAGGAAGUGGCGAUGCUCCAUUUGGGCAUCACUUCUCCUCAGAGGAAACAACUGGUCCCUUAUCAGACCCUCCCCCAGAAGAGCCAAAGUCUGAAGAAGCUACUGCUGAUCACUCUGUGGCUCCGCUAGGUACCGCAGCACACACUGACUGCUAUCCUGGGGAUCCAGCCCUCUCCCAUAACUACCUCCCUGAUCCCAGUGAUGGGGAUACCCUGGAGUCUCUGGAUAGUGGCAGUCAACCAGGCCCUGUGGAAUCCAGCUUGCUGCCUAUAGCCCCAGACCUUGAGCACUUCCCCAGCUAUGCUCCCAGUGGAGAGCCUAGUGUUGAGUCAACAGAUGGGACUGAGGAUGCUUCCUUGGCUCCUCUAGAAAGCCAGCCCAUCACCUUCACCCCUGAGGAGAUGGAGAAGUACAGCAAGCUCCAGCAGGCUGCACAGCAGCACAUCCAGCAGCAGCUUCUGGCCAAACAAGUAAAGGCCUUUCCAACCUCAGCAGCCCUGGCCCCAGCCACACCAGCCCUGCAACCUAUCCACAUUCAGCAGCCAGCCACAGCCUCUGCCACCUCCAUCACAACUGUCCAACAUGCCAUUCUACAACAUCAUGCUGCGGCUGCUGCCGCCGCCAUUGGCAUUCACCCUCAUCCUCACCCCCAGCCACUUGCCCAAGUACAUCAUAUUCCCCAGCCCCAUCUGACUCCAAUUUCCUUGUCCCAUCUCACUCACUCAAUCAUCCCUGGCCACCCUGCCACUUUUCUUGCUAGUCACCCUAUCCAUAUAAUUCCUGCUUCAGCCAUCCAUCCCGGACCCUUCACUUUCCAUCCUGUCCCACAUGCUGCCCUCUAUCCCACCCUGCUUGCACCACGGCCUGCUGCUGCAGCUGCCACUGCCCUUCAUCUUCACCCUCUUCUUCACCCCAUCUUCUCAGGUCAGGACCUGCAGCACCCUCCCAGCCAUGGUACUUGAGUUGGGACUUAGAAGUUUAAGUUGGGCCAGGGAAGGUGACCUGUUCUUCCCUUGGGGGUGUUGAGCCAUUUAUACCAGCAAGUGAAAGCUGGAAUGGGCAGUGUCUUGACAGCCAAAGAAAUGAGUUUUGGCUUGCAGGGAUGGAUUUAGAUUUGAGGUUUGCUUUGGGUUUACUAUCAGGGAUAUUUUCCCCCUAUCUAUUCGUUCUCCCUCCUGUGUUUCUACCUUAGGGAACACCAGUAAGUGCUACCCACACUCCUCUGCAGCAGACUGUCAAGCAUAGAUACUUCCUCCUCUACUUUGUAGUCCUCUGCUCUUCCUCCUGUAAAUUUAAAACAUUUCCCUCCUCUAAUGGGUUGUCACCAAAGCACUUGCCAUGGGCCCAUCUGGCCUGGCCUUCUCAAUGCCAGGCUGUCUCUCUUCAGCAGUGGAACCUCCACCACUUUUGGGCAGUGUCUUUGAACAACAUUUCGUGACAUUAUCCCAGAUGAGGUAGAAGAGGGAGUCUAACCUAGAACCAAAAGCAACUCAGGCUGCAAUUCGAUCCACUUUCCUUACAAACAGAGCCACGCAUUUGGCACUACUGUCUUCAUGCCCCUCAUCCCAGAAGAGGCAUCUACAUAUCCCAGAAAAGAAGAUCCUAUCAUGAGUAGAAGCUGUGCGGACAUAGAGUCACUCAUGUGCUUCCCAGAAAGGAGCUCAUGUCUGGAGGGUAUAUUUUCUUCUGUUAUGUUGAUGUUUUCUUCUUAAUUUAUAGGAUUUUUUAAUGUAAAAUUGCACUGAAUCUAUAAACGUAAAUGCUGCUUUUUGUAGCCCAUAUUAAAAAGGUUCCGUAUUUGUAGUAUACUGCAAUAAUAUUUUUUACAUCCAGCUCUUUAAGUGAUCCUUGUUCUGGUGGCUUUCUGUAAAUAUGUUUGCCCUAGUUGAAUUAAGAAACUUUAAAGGUUAUAAGGUUAAAAAAAUAAAUAAAGUAUUUGUUUUCUGCUAGAUACAAAAGUGACUAAGCAUGUAUAUUUUAUCAAGCUCCUGUAUUUUUUGAAGUUAUGAACUAUAAAAAUGUUUUUGUUUUUUGGUUUUUUGUUUUGUUUUUGCUGGGAAAAGUGUUAAAUAAUUUGCAGUAAUUGGUUUAUUCUGCACUGGGAUUUUUGAGUUGAUGGGCAGCAAACAGCUGCAGGCAUCAGAAGGAUGCUCAGUUGCAGUGGUCUCCCUGACAUGCUUUGUUAUACAGAGAAACAAUUGACUCCGUGGAGGAGGGGAAGAUUGAUUCAGCAGCUUUAUUCUCUGGAAGCAGUGACACUCAGUGAUUGUCUGGGAAGAGGGAGGGACCCUUGGUUUCCCUUGGUACCUUGUUCCAGACAAUCCUUUUGCCUUCCUAGUAUUUAGCCCCCUCUGACAAUUUUUUUAAUGUGCCUUUUGGGUUGGCUAGAAACUAAAAUAGAAGUAGACCAGAGGAUAAUAGAGUUGGGACAGUUUUCUCCUCUUUUUGCUGGGAGGUGAGCACAUUUAUAGGUACUUUUAGGUCUUUGGCUUCACAGUUGUAUGCCGUCUGCCUAGCUCGAUUUCAGCAGUAGAGAUUCCUUUUGCUUUUCUCCCGUGACACUGACCAGAAGUACAUCAGUCCCUAUUCCCCGCUUGCCUUCACCCAGGCUCUCAGCCCUAGUUAACACUCUGACCCAAAGGUGCUUGUAAUGCAGGUCUCAUCUCCUCUGCUGUUAGUGCUUGCUCUUCUUGUAACUGGGACCGGUUAAGCUGACAGCUGACAAGAUAAGCCCUACUUGCCUAGGCCAGGGUUUUCUAUUCAUGGCCUUCUCAGAUCCCCAGAAGGAAGAGGUUUUGAGUUUCUGAGAAACAAGUGCUGAGCAAAUGAGGCCCUUGUUUGAGCCCAUCCUACCUGCUCAGUCUUCACCUAAUUCGGAAAUACCACUCUUUGGAGAACUGGCCCUGGAAAAAUGAAAUCAUCGAUUUGAAGUGAAGGGACUCAUUUUCCUUGCUUUCAGCCCAUGUAAAUAUUGAAAUAAAACAGUAUUAACAUUUGUGCUGCUUCCCGUUAGGUUGUAGAUUGAGCCAUACUCUGGCUGCCUCUCUGCUUUCCUGGAGGCAAUUUUUUCUUUAACUUCCAGAAUAGUAGUUUUAAAACUUCAGAAAAAAAAAAAAAAAAGGAAAAACAAAAUAACCUAUCCUUACCUACAAGCAUAACAGAUUGUAUUUAACUUUAUCACAUACGAUAGAGAUAUAUAUGCUGUAAAAUGAGGGAAAGGAACUUUCUAAUAAACCAAUGCUU